CGGGGCCGGGCAGUCGGCGCUAGGUUGCGGUGGUGGUGGGUGUCGCCGGUGGUGUACAGGUCCAUCACCCGCAUCUGUUGAAUUCAGCGAACAGACGAUACCAGCACACUUAAAAACACAGAAGGACCAGUAUGUCUGCCAAGGGAAUAUGUGAGGCCACUGGGAAGGACAUCUUGAACAGACACCUGGCUGGUGUAGCUGGUGUACAGCCAUGCAGGUUUGCUGCUGUGGGGCCUGACACUGACUGGGAUGCCCUGCUGAAACAGCAUCCAUGGCUGGCCACUGAGAAGCUGGUGGCCAAGCCAGACCAGAUGAUCAAGCGGCGUGGAAAGCUGGGCCUGAUCAAGGUUGGCACAGACUUCGCCGGCGCCAAAGCGUGGAUCCAGGAGAAGGCGGCUGCUGACACUCAGAUUGGAAAGGCGGUGGGCAAACUGCGCACUUUCAUCAUCGAGCCGUUCGUCGAGCACAGCCAGGAUGAAGAGAUGUACGUCUGCAUCUACUCGCACCGGCACGCCGACUCCAUCCUGUUCUAUCACCAGGGGGGCGUCGAGAUCGGCGAUGUCGACGCCAAGGCGCUCAAACUGGACGUGCCGAUCGACGGGUUCCCCUCGAUGGAGGACAUCAACUCUAAGCUGCUCACGCACGUGCCCGCCAACAAGAAGGCGAUGCUGGCGAAGUUCGUGGACGCGCUGUACCGGCAAUACGUGGAGCUGUACUUCACCUACCUCGAGAUCAAUCCGCUGGUCGUCAAGCAGGACAGCAUCUUCGUGCUUGACCUGGCCGCGAAGCUGGACGCCACGGCGGAGUACAUCUGCCGCUCCAAGUGGGGUGACGUGGAGUACCCGACGCCGUUCGGCCGCGAGCAGUAUCCGGCCGAGGCGUACAUCGCCGACCUGGACAGCAAGUCGGGCUCGUCGCUCAAGCUCACGAUCCUGAACAAAUCGGGGCGGAUCUGGACGAUGGUGGCUGGUGGCGGCGCCUCCGUCAUCUACGCCGACACGAUCUGCGAGCUGGGCGGCGCCACUGAGCUGGCCAACUACGGCGAAUACUCCGGAGCGCCGACCGAGGGUCAGACGUAUGACUACGCCAGGACCAUCCUCGGCCUGAUGACCGACGAGCCGCACCCGGACGGCAAGAUCCUGAUCAUCGGCGGUGGAAUCGCCAACUUCACAAACGUGGCGGCCACUUUUAAAGGCAUCGUCAAGGCGCUGCUGGAGUUCCAGACCAAGCUGGUGGAGCACAAGGCACAGAUCUUCGUCCGACGCGCUGGCCCCAACUACCAGGAGGGCCUCCGGAUCAUGCGCGAGACGGGCCGCUCACUGGGCGUGCCGGUGCACGUGUUCGGCAACGAGACACACAUGACGGCCAUCGUGGCCAUGGCGCUGGGCAAGCGGCCGAUCCUGAGCGAGCCGGAGGCGGCGCAGCACACGGCCAACUUCCUGCUGCCGGGCGGACAGCAGCAGGACGUGCAAAGCCCGCCGCCUCCACGGAAGGUGACCGCUCCGGCCGUGAACAGCACAGACGGCGGCAAGAAGGAUGUGCUCUUCCACCGCGAGACCAAGGCCAUCGUGUGGGGCAUGCAGACGCGCGCUGUCCAGGGCAUGAUGGACUUUGACUUUGUCUGCUCGAGGAAGGAGCCCUCCGUGCAGUGUAUGAUCUACCCGUUCACCGGCGACCACAAGCAGAAGUUCUACUGGGGCCACAAGGAGAUCCUCAUCCCAGUGUACAAGAGCAUGGCGGACGCGAUGCGGAAGCACCCGCAGGCGGACGUAGUGGUUAACUUCGCCUCGCUCCGGUCCGCCUACGAGUCGGUCGUCGAGACCAUGCAGUACCCGCAGGUCCGGACAAUUGCCAUCAUCGCCGAAGGCAUCCCGGAGAAUCUGACGCGCAAGCUGAUCAAGAUGGCCGACCAGAAGGGCGUCACCGUCAUCGGACCGGCCACCGUCGGCGGUAUCAAGCCGGGCUGCUUCAAGAUCGGCAACACGGGCGGCAUGAUGGACAACCUAUUGCUCUCCAAGCUGUACCGGCCCGGCAGCGUGGCGUACGUGUCGCGAUCGGGCGGCAUGUCCAACGAGCUGAACAACAUCAUCUCGCGCUGGACCAACGGCGUGUACGAGGGAGUGGCCAUCGGCGGUGACCGCUACCCGGGCACCACAUUCAUGGACCACAUCAUGCGUUACCAGCGCGACCCCAGCGUGAAGAUGAUCGUGCUGCUGGGCGAGGUGGGCGGCGUGGAGGAAUACGACGUGUGCCAGGCCAUCAAAGAAGGCACGCUCACCAAGCCACUGGUGGCCUGGUGUAUCGGCACUUGCGCCACCAUGUUCACGUCGGAGGUGCAGUUCGGCCACGCCGGCGCCUGCGCCAACGGCGAGCUCGAGACGGCCGUGGCCAAGAACCGGGCGCUGGCCGAGACGGGCGCCCACGUGCCGACCACGUUCGACCAGCUGGGGGAGACCAUCGGCUCUGUGUACCAGGACCUGGUGUCGAAGGGCGUGAUUGUGCCGGAGCCGGAGGUGCCGCCGCCUACGGUACCCAUGGACUACAACUGGGCUCGGGAGCUGGGGCUGAUCCGCAAGCCGGCCUCCUUCAUGUCAAGCAUCUGCGACGAGCGCGGCCAGGAGCUGAUAUACGCCGGCAUCCCCAUCACGGACGUGCUGCGCCAGGACAUGGGCCUGGGCGGCGUGGUGGGCCUGCUCUGGUUCCAGCGCCGCCUGCCGCCCUACGCCUGCAAGUACUUCGAGAUGUGCCUGAUGGUGACGGCCGACCACGGCCCGGCGGUCAGCGGCGCCCACAACACCAUCGUCACGGCGCGCGCCGGCAAGGACCUCGUCUCGUCGCUCGUCUCCGGCCUGCUCACCAUCGGAGAUCGGUUCGGGGGCGCGCUGGACGGUGCCGCGCGCGUCUUCAGCGAAGGCUACGACUCCAACCUGCACCCCAAUGACUUCGUCAACAUGAUGCGCAAGAAGGGACAGCUCAUCAUGGGCAUCGGCCACAGGGUCAAGUCGAUCAACAACCCCGACAAGCGCGUGGAGAUCAUCAAGAACUUUGUCAAGGAGAACUUCCCGGCCACGCCGCUGCUGAACUACGCCCUGGAGGUGGAGAAGAUCACCACGUCCAAGAAGCCCAACCUCAUCUUGAACGUGGACGGCGUCAUCGCCACUAGCUUCGUCGACCUCUUGCGCAACUCUGGCAUCUUCACGACUGAGGAGGCCCAGGAGUAUGUGGAAAUCGGGGUCCUGAACGGCCUGUUCGUCCUGGGUCGCAGCAUCGGCUUCAUCGGCCACUACCUGGACCAGAAGCGCCUGAAGCAGGGACUGUACCGGCACCCGUGGGAUGAUAUCAGCUACGUGAUGCCCGAGAACGUCUACAGCGGCGGCGACCCCGGCGCACCCGGCGCGCCGCCCGCCGCCAGCGCCGACGAGGCCAAGUGCUCCGUCAGCUGAGCGCGCGACCACGUGACUGGCCGGCCGGCCGGCUCCGGCGAGAUUAUGCUAUUUUUGUAGAAAUGCCCUCGCUGUCUGCGGGAACGGCGUGCUGUUCCGUCGCAGAUCUGUUAGUUUCCCGCUGGAUCGCAGGUAAUGGAGCGAGAUCUUGGCUGCUUUUAGUUCGCCGCGAUCGGGGUUGCUUUUAACGGUCCUUCGCACAUCGUGGUACCCAAUAGUGGCGAGUUAUUUAUUUUAGAUGUUCAAAUGUUUAGGUUCGCGGAUGAGUGCGCGUUUGGCCCAGAAAAGACCAGGGCCGCUUCCGGCCCGUGGGGGUGGGGAGGGGGCGGCGGCAGGGAGAGCUCAUCGCUCUCAGCCGGCUUCGGCGGGGCGCGGGCGCACACGGACGAAGGGAACUAGAAGUGCUGAACGAAACGAAACAUAUCAGAGCGUGUCUUGGCCGCUGUCGGGCCGCGUUCGGUCCUUGCCAGCGCUGGGUGUUGUAGUGUCUCGGUGUUCAAGCGGCGCCCGUAGCCGCGCUGUAGCAGGCGGUCCGCGGUAGAUGCUGGUGAGGUUCGUGCGUUGUCCGCCAGGGUGGCUGCCCGAGGACGGAGUGGCUUGUCGAUGCUUUUACGGCGUUCUGUCGUGGGCGUAGGGUGUCCUUGCUUCGCUAGGAGCGUGGUAUCAAAUCCGCGCAAAGGCUGCCGUUUCUCAGUGUUCCAACUUUUCGGUGUGUUCCAACUUACCUGUUUACCAGCGGGAAAUUUACGGUUGACACAGGGAAGCGCCCAGCGCCAAAUUGGAUGAUGCGUGUGGUCAACGGUGCAUCGUAUGACUGGGGGGGGGGGGGGGAGGAUGGAGGCCAGAAACGCGUCACCUCCACCCAAGCAUUUUCUAACGGACGCAAGUGGGGCAGGUGCUCCUUUUCACUGGUGUUGCCAUGUGACGAGGGGCCCUGCUGCCCCUCUGCCCCCCCUGGCUUGAACCCGCCCGCGGUCCGGCCGCGCGGCGGUGCACCGACCUGCGUCGCCUUCCUCCGCGCGCCGCUCCUACCGGGUGCGCGGAGCGGCGCUUCCUCCUGUUCAAGGCGGCGGUCGGUGCGGCCGGCCACUGCCCGGGGCAGCUGUGUCGCUGCCCGGGUGUCGGGAGACUUCCGUAUCGUUUGGCGGCAGGCGAGCGGCCCUGUGGUGUGAUCAUUGUUGAUGUUAAUAUUACGUGGUGAUUGGUAGAUGCACAAUAAAAAUGCAAAAUGUU